CGUCGCUGACGUCGAAGAGGACGCCAUCUUUGUCGAGGGCAGAGCAGCUCUCCAUUGAAGAAGUACACGCGCACUGCCGUUGCAGCAACUCAGUCCAUAACAGAAGGGGGUUGAUGGUAGUUCGCUUUUGAAAUUCGCAGACAGAUACUUCAUUACUGACGGUGGUCCACCGACUACGGGAUCAGCUUCCCCCAGACUUCCAAUAAGACCCACUCUUCCCAGUUGGAGACCAGCUCCACCCAGCACACCCAGCAGCCAUGGCAGAUGAUGCGGAUAUGCGCAAUGAGCUCUCUGACAUGCAGCAACGUGCAGACCAGCUGGCCGAUGAGUCACUGGAGAGCACCCGGCGUAUGCUGCAGCUUGUGGAAGAGAGUAAAGAUGCGGGUAUCAGGACUUUGGUUAUGCUGGAUGAGCAGGGAGAACAACUCGAUCGUGUUGAAGAUGGCAUGAACCAUAUCAACCAAGACAUGAAGGAGGCCGAGAAAAAUUUAAAAGAUUUAGGGAAAUGCUGUGGCCUUUUCAUAUGUCCGUGUAACAAAAUGAAGAGCGGAGCCAGCAAGGCCUGGGGAAACAACCAGGAUGGAGUGGUUGCAAGCCAGCCCGCCCGCGUGGUGGAUGAGCGCGAACAGAUGGCCAUCAGCGGAGGCUUCAUCCGCAGGGUAACAGAUGACGCCAGGGAAAAUGAGAUGGAUGAGAACUUAGAGCAGGUGGGAGGCAUCAUUGGUAACCUGCGCCACAUGGCCCUUGAUAUGGGCAACGAGAUUGACACCCAGAACCGCCAGAUCGACAGGAUCAUGGAGAAGGCUGAUUCCAACAAGACCAGGAUUGAUGAAGCCAACCAGAGGGCCACAAAGAUGCUCGGCAGUGGCUAAGCCUCUGGUCUGCCUGCUUUUACCAUCCGUGCAGUUUGUCAAAAGGCAAUGCGCUUAUCAUGGUAUUUACUUCUAGGUUUGCACACAUGCACAUAUCACCCAGCCCCCAUUGUAAAUGUCGUUCUAUGUGUCGUCUGUCAGCUUUUAAAAUGAUUGUCCUCGUAAAAUGAUUUCUUAUACUCUGUAUCAUUCUUUCCAAAGGUUGUAUAUAGUGCUGACUUGAUGGCUCUUGCUCACUUGUGAAGUUUUUAUUCUCUUUAUUGCCUGUAUACAUAUAUGUAUGUAUGUAUGUAUACAUAUAUCCGCUUGUAUGUGUAUACAUAUAGCCUAUGUGUGUGUAUAUAUCACAUUUUUGCUGGAGGAACUAUAUAGGAAUGCUAUACAAGCUGUCUUUCCUUUUCAGUAUAUCUCAGUAUCGUCUCCUUAUUUUGACGUUGUCAUGACAAUGAAGAAUGGGAAAAAAGAUUUUGCAAAUGAUAUUAAUACAACAAGCACUUACAAUCAAUGUCAUUGGUUCAUAUCCCUCAUCACAACCAUGAUCAGUUACUGUUUAGAAAAUGUGCAACUAGAUUCUGUAGCUGUAGUAGUAAAAACAUUGCAUUCCAAGUGAUGUGAAUUGUGCGUUAUGCAUGACAAAUGGUAGAUCUUAGCGUCUUAUAAAUAAAAUUUGUUUUAAAAAGAUGACCAAAAAAAAA